AUUAUUUUGCUUUUCGUCCAUACUUGAAUAACUUAUUUUUAGGUGCAAAAAAUAUUUAUAUUUUAUUCUAUAAUCUACGCCAAUAAAUGGGCUUUAUAAAAAUAUAAACAUGUUGUAUGUUAUUCAGAAGAAUAAACUGACAAAAUUAAGAAUAAUUAAAAUAUCCCUAAACGGUGUUGAUGUGUGUAUAUGUUAAUAGAUAAGACAAUUUCAAUUCCAAACUAUUACUAUUACAGAUGCAGCAAUAAUAGAAGAAGAAAUACAAAUGUCAGAUAUUUUAAAAAUAAAAGAAGAAGUUGAUCAUGUAGGCGCUGAACAAGAUCGACUUUUAGAAGAUGUCUCCGUCCCAGAAGAUGAAGUAAAACCACCUGUUAGUUUAGUAAUGAAUUUAUUGAAACACCCUUUUGUUUAUACGACUCGUUUAGAAGAUAUGCACAUUAUAAAAUAUGGUUUUAAAGGUUCCUUUGUAGGUGAUAUUAUAAACCAAGUGGAAACUGAAAGUAGACCAAGACUGAUUAGACAAUGUACAGUAAAAAAAGAAAAAAGUAAAAAAAAUAGGUCGGGGUAUUUUAACAUUACCACUUCCCAGGUCAAGUUAGCUAAUUCAAAGAAAACAACAGUAAACAUGCCUUAUGUAAAAACUGUAGCAAGAGACUUGGUAAAUAAUAAUAAAACCGAAUUGCUUAUGCAGAUGUGUAAGCCAUUUUCUGUUACCUUAGUAGAUUGUAAACCUCUUUUAAGAUAUAAAUUUUGUACUAGACACAGAACAAUUCAAUUGCUUAAUAAUAUUCUAAAUUGUGAAAAAUGUGUCAAAUAUUACAAUGUGAGUGACAAAUUAGAAGUUAAAAGAAAGAAACGUGCUGUCUUGAUUGAAAAUCAUGAUCAACCAGAAUCAUCUGAUUUUGAUAAUUCAUGUGCCGAAAAAGUAAGUAGCAUUAACAAAAAUCAUGAAAAUAAUGAAUUCUUCAACUGCUGUUGGUACAGAAGCUUAAAAAAUAUUCAGAAAGUAUGGCCAGGAAGUAUGACCGUUGCUGAUGGAACACAUCGGAACUUCUUAGUGCAUAUUAAACCCCAUGCUUGUCCACCUAAUAUUUGUUCGUGUUGCUGCAAAAAAGAGGCAUCGUCUAGAGCGAAUAACACGUCGGUUAAUACAAAGCCAAAAUCAAUGCAUUCAAAUUUAAAAAUGCCUAGUGAAAAAACAUGGUCUAAUUAUCAACAGUUUAUAUCUAAUACUGAAUCACAUAAUAAAAACAGUUUGAUAAAUAAGGCUUUGCAAUAUCGAAGGAAACCAAAACCUAAAACAUUUGAGCAAGUCGCUUCAUCGCAGUUACCGUCAUUAGCACCGCAUUCUGUCGUCCAAUUUCAAUCGCUUAAAGAUAUGGAUCAACUCUAUAUUUUAGGAGCGGAUGCUUCAAUGCAAUUUUACGUAGAAGUAGAUAAAUCCGAUAAAAGUCACUACACCUACAUGUCAAAAAUAGGAGAAUCCGGUCUAAACAGUGUGAAAGAUAGAGCUUGUUGCUCGUUACAACGUCUAAAAAUAUGGUCAGAAUUACCACGCCAAAUGAUCAACUUUCUACAGAAAACACCACACAAUUAUUUAUAUUCACAAAACAAAAAAUGUUGUCAUGACAAGACGAUUUACUAUCCGAAAGUACAGUUAGAACAAAUAGAAUAUCCUAAAACAUUCAGCCACACCAAAAAUAACACAACCAGGCUAAAAGAAGUCUUCAAAAAUGUUGAUUUACGUACCACCAAUAACGUAAGGCACCAGUGUAAACAUUUGAAUUUAAAAAAUCUAAAUAGAAAACAUAUACAUAAUCAGCCGCGGGUACAUCAAGAAGCAAAUGAUUCAAAUAGCUUAGCAAAAAUAGCGCAGCAGCAGAAGAGUGAUAAUCUGCAAUCACCUACAAACGUAUUAAUUACUCCUCCGUCAAUAACAAGCAUUUUCCAGUCAUCCGAACUAUUACAGCAAGAGGAGCCUACGGUACAAGUAUUGAUUGCAUCUAUAUUGGAAAGAUUUAAAAAUAUUCGUUUGUCACUUAAUGCUGAAGGAAAGAUCGUGGCACUGUUGGAUACCCCAGCUACUGCAUUGUCAAGUGACGAACUCACAAUUCUAUCUGACAUAAUAGGACGAGUGCAGGAACAAGUCAAAAUGUUGGGUAUCAUAGACAAUUCAAGUAGUAAUUUAGCGGAUCCACUUAAUGACAGUCAGAAUAUUAAUAUAAACUUAAUACGUUCACAAAAAUAUGGUACUAACAUAGAAAAUGAAUUUAUUCCGUGUCCACGUACAAACGAAAUUCCAUUAAAUCCAAAGCCUUUGUUAACGUCGUGUCGAAAAAAUUUCAAUGUUUCAUGUAAUAGGAAAAGGCUUAAGAAAAAUAGUUCCUUGGGUGAAGAAACGGAAAAAAUAGAUAAAGUAAUCCAUGCCAGUUCAGAUAUUUAUGAAGCUUACACAAGUCUAACGCAUUUAAAAAAUGAACAAUACCAACGUUCUCUCGAAGCAUAUAAAAAGCAUAGCAAAGGAUCAUUCGCUCCGAAAAUUAAAAACGUUUAUUCGUUAAAUGAAGGCCAAACGAAAAAAACGAAAUCCGAUAAAGUCUCUUAUAUCACAUCAUCUACACAGACAGAUAUAUCUAAAAUAAAACGUCCCAGAAAACGUUCAUUAGAGAAAACUUCCAUAUUAGAAAAUAUCUUAAAAUCGAAGAAAACAAAAACAGAUUCAUCCUCUUCUUUGACUUUAAAAAACACACAGAAAAAAAAUAAAUCACCAGUUACAAUUCAAAAAAUCGUAAACAAUGACACUAGUACGGUCAAUCAAUUAAAUAGCCAAUACUUACCGCAGCCAAUUCUAGUUCAAGCUGCAGCCAACUCUACGAUAAAUGCACCAUUCCAGUGUUUCGUAGCCCCUGAGAAUGUAGAUUCAAGUUUAGUUGGAUUGCCGAUGAUCCAAAACAAUUCUAUUCCUCAUAAUACUCCUCUUAGCCAAUAUGUGAGUGUCAAUGUCCCCGAGAGUUCACCACGUAUCAUCAUUUUACCUAAUACACUUAAUAAAGGUGAUGAUGCUGAUGAUUGCAUAUUAGGAGUGUAA